UCGAGAGGGAGAGUAAGUUAAGGAAACAUGGCGAUGUCUAAUUUGUUAAAGUUUGGAUAGUUGGUAGUUAAUCUGCCCUGGACAGUUAGCUCGAUAGUUAGCGAAGCAGCUACCCAGGAUGGCCAAUCAUCUGAUGCCGAACAAAGGGUCCCUCCAGUUUGAGGACAAGUGGGAUCUGAUGCGCCCAAUUGUCCUGAAGUUACUUCGCCAGGAGUCUGUAACGAAGCAGCAGUGGUUCGAUCUUUUCUCAGAUGUUCAUGCAGUCUGUCUAUGGGAUGACAAAGGCCCAGCAAAGAUUCAUCAGGCUCUUAAGGAAGACAUUUUAGAUUUUAUAAAGCAAGCCCAGGCGAGGGUGCUCAGUCACCAAGAUGACACAGCCCUCCUCAAGGCUUACAUCGUGGAGUGGAGGAAGUUCUUCACUCAGUGUGAUAUACUACCUAAGCCAUUUUGCCAGCUUGAGAUCACGCUGAUGGGGAAGCAAGGCAGCAACAAGAAGUCCAACGUGGAGGACAGCAUAGUGCGGAAGCUGAUGUUGGACACUUGGAACGAAUCCAUUUUUUCCAACAUCAAGAACAGGCUGCAGGAUAGUGCAAUGAAGUUGGUCCAUGCUGAAAGACUUGGAGAGGCUUUUGACUCUCAGCUGGUCAUUGGGGUGCGUGAGUCUUAUGUGAACCUGUGUUCCAACCCUGAUGAUAAGCUGCAGAUCUACAGGGAUAACUUUGAGAAGGCCUACCUGGACUCCACUGAGAGGUUCUACAGGACACAGGCUCCUUCCUACCUGCAGCAAAAUGGAGUCCAAAACUACAUGAAAUAUGCAGAUGCUAAAUUAAGGGAGGAGGAAAAACGUGCACUACGAUAUUUAGAGACACGACGUGAAUGUAACUCUGUUCAAGCACUUAUGGAAUGUUGUGUAAAUGCACUGGUGACGUCAUUCAAGGAAACAAUCUUGGCAGAAUGUCCAGGCAUGAUUAAACGCAAUGAGACCGACAAGCUUCACUUGAUGUUCUCACUGAUGGAUAAAGUGCCCAGUGGAAUUGAACCCAUGCUUAAGGAUCUGGAGGAACAUAUAAUCAGUGCUGGCCUGGCCGACAUGGUUGCUGCUGCUGAGACUAUUACGACAGACUCUGAGAAGUAUGUGGAGCAGCUUCUCACUCUGUUCAACCGCUUUAGUAAACUUGUGAAGGAGGCAUUCCAGGAUGAUCCUCGAUUCCUCACAGCCAGAGAUAAAGCGUACAAAGCGGUUGUGAAUGAUGCCACAAUAUUUAAGCUGGAGCUACCUAUGAAACAGAAGGGAGUGGGCCUCAAAACACAACCCGAGUCCAAGUGUCCAGAGCUGCUAGCCAACUACUGUGACAUGCUGCUGAGGAAGACGCCACUCAGCAAGAAGCUCACCUCUGAGGAGAUUGAGCUGAAGUUAAAAGAAGUGUUGCUGGUGCUAAAAUAUGUCCAGAACAAGGACGUGUUUAUGAGGUACCAUAAAGCCCACCUGACAAGGAGGCUGAUCCUGGACAUCUCAGCUGACAGCGAGAUUGAGGAGAACAUGGUCGAAUGGCUCAGGGAAGUGGGUAUGCCGGCUGAUUAUGUCAACAAGCUAGCUAGAAUGUUCCAAGACAUCAAAGUCUCCGAGGAUCUAAACCAGGUCUUCAAGGAGAUGCAUAAACACAACAAGCUUGCUUUACCAGCUGACUCUGUAAAUAUAAAGAUACUGAAUGCUGGGGCCUGGUCACGCAGCUCAGAGAAGGUCUUUGUUUCACUCCCCACUGAGCUGGAGGACCUCAUUCCUGAAGUUGAAGACUUUUACAAGAAGAAUCACAGUGGCAGAAAGCUGCACUGGCACCACCUUAUGUCCAAUGGCAUUAUUACAUUUAAGAAUGAAGUGGGUCAGUAUGAUUUGGAGGUCACAACCUUCCAGCUGGCAGUUCUUUUUGCCUGGAACCAAAGACCCAGAGAGAAGAUAAGUUUUGAGAACCUGAAGCUUGCCACUGAGCUGCCUGAUGCAGAGCUGAGACGCACACUCUGGUCUCUUGUUGCCUUCCCAAAACUCAAGCGGCAGGUGCUUUCAUAUGAACCUCAAGUGAGCUCUCCCAAAGACUUCACAGAUAGUACAUUGUUCUUCGUUAACCAGGAAUUCUCCUUGAUAAAAAACUCUAAGGUGCAGAAGAGGGGGAAGAUUAACUUGAUUGGCCGUCUACAGUUGACUACAGAGCGAAUGAGAGAAGAAGAGAAUGAAGGCAUUGUUCAGCUAAGAAUAUUAAGAACACAGGAGGCCAUUAUUCAAAUUAUGAAGAUGCGAAAGAAGAUCACUAAUGCCCAGCUACAGACCGAGCUGGUCGAGAUCCUGAAAAACAUGUUCCUUCCCCAGAAAAAGAUGAUCAAGGAGCAGAUUGAGUGGCUGAUUGAGCACAAGUACAUCAAGCGUGAUGAGUCGGACAUUAACACCUUCAUCUACAUGGCGUAGCACUGAGGUUUACGCUGGAAACGCUUAUCGUUCCAAUCAAGAUGAAGACCGUGAACAUGCAGCGGCUCAGCAGGGGGAGAGGAGUGCUGACACAACGGAGCAACCAAGCUGGCUGCUGAUCUUCUCAUGGAGUGAUGGGCUUGUUUUACACGACAGUCACACACCAGAAUAGCUUGUUUUCAAGAAAAAUCCCUGCCUUACCUUACAAGUAAAGAAACCUGAGAUGAGGAUGGGAGAUUUCAAAGGAAAAACAAAACAAAAAAAUUAACUAUAUUUUUGCCAACAGGUAGUCCGUAUGCAUGGUGGGUGGUUUGCCUUUUUUUUUGUGAGUGUCGACAUCAACAGCAUGCUGUCGGUGGGAAUGUGUGUCAUCUGAGGACUUUGUGUGUGCGCGUGUGUCCUUGUCCUUGUCUGGUCCAGGCUGUGUCCACUCUUCUCCUCUCCAGCUCAGCUCUCAGCCUGGCCCAAAAGCUCACACUGCAGCCACAUGGAAGCUCCGUCACCAGGAUGGUGGACUGGAGCAUUAGCACUUUACGCAUUCUGCCACACAUUCAGCAUGGCUAUGUUCCUGUCAUCUGUUCUGUGUUGCUUUGGUUUCUUUCUAUUGAGAACAUUUCAAACUUGGCUUGUUGAUGACCUGUGUAUUGUGCUGUAAGGCGGCCAUCUUGAUAUCACAGAGACGUUCAACUUUACUUUCCCCUUUAUUCAUUAUUAUUGACUUCAUUCUGGCCUACGCAACGUCCCGAUACAGUUACAGCGGGCUACAAAAUACCGUACAGCGGAACUGCAGUGUGUGUGGGGUUUAGCAAGCGUCUGUUCUGUUAUCAGAGUUGUUUUGUUUCGACUUGCCCCGGAGAUACUGUUACUCCUCUUCCGUUGACCUUCAAGCCUCUUCAGAACACAUUGGCGUCUUGGUGAAUUAAUCAGAAGCAGCUGUGUUAUUUUAAGUUUUUUGUCAGAAUGGUGUGAUUUCACGAAGUGAUUCUCGAUACUGGCUUGCUUUACGCCCUUGCACAUUGUCAACAUGGAAGGAUUAAUAUUAUAUAGGGAAUAUUUUCUAGUGUAUUUCACUUUUACUCACUCAUUUAGGAUCAGUUCCUUCUGACAGAUAUCAUUACUCUGUUUCUCAACUAUGUAAUUUUUUACACCACAGUCUCCUCGUGCUUUAACAAAUUUGAGUACUGUAAGGGUGAUGCUGAUUUCCAUUAUCGGAUUUGUGUGAUAAGUGAUAUUGCUAUGAUUGACAAAAUGAUUGAAAACAUUUCUUGGUUAUCUGCACAGCCUAUUUUAAAAAUGUUUCACACCAGUCAUUAGUAGGGUUGUAUACAAUAGCAAGUGCUUUAAAGUAUUUUCUUGAUAACUGAGGUCCUUGGGGCCUGUGCUGAUGGAAAAAAAAUUAAAUAUUCCAUAAAGCAGCGUUUUGUGAAUUAAAUCAGGAGUGUAUGAGACAAAUUUCAAAUCCAUAGGUUUCAGUAUUAAUUCCUUUUUUUUUUUAGACUUUGCUUUCAAUCUGGAGAGAGAUACCAUGUGUACUUUUUAAAUAGGUUACAUACAAGGUUUAUUUCUACAUGUUUAUAUCAUUUACUGUUCAUUACAAAAGCUUAAGCCCCAUGAAUCAACAUGGUAUCAUUUGCAAAUGUGAAAAUGAGCGUCCACUCCCAAACCAGACAGGAAAAGCCAAGACGCGUACAGCUUCAUCUGUAAACACAGCAGACUGAUGCGUCACUCCAUUCAUUCACCUUCAGGAAGCACUUUAUCCAGGUUGGGGUCACUGUGGAUCUGGAACCCAUCCCAGAAACAUUGGGUGCAAGGUGGGAAUACACCCCGUAUGGAAUGUCAGUCCAUGGCAGGGUAUUGUACACUUGAACACACUCCUUCACAGCUAGAAUAGCCAAUUCUGUGGUGUUUUGGGAGGAGCCUGGAGGAACCCCACACACCACAGCAGGAGAACUUGCGAAUGUCAAAACUCAAAGAGGCCAGUGCAAAAGAGUGAGGGAGCAUAGAUAGGUGUUUAUAUGUACAUUGAUCUGUUUCAGUUUCCUAAAUUGCAGAUGGCAUUUCCAGCGUCUCCUUAGUGUUUGACUGGUGUGUAAUAUUUCUGAUUUUGUUUCCUCAUUAUGAAAUUGUUGAAUUUGGCAUACAUAUUUUGUAAGGUUGCCAUUAAGUAGAGUGACGCUAAGAUGUUUAAAUUUCUCUGAACUACCUAAUGAGUGAAUGGUUUAUUAAAUCAUGCUUAUUAAACUAUUUUUGCAAGCAUAUUUCUGACAUUAAAAUGUGAUGGAAAUGUAGAAAUAAUUGCGCAAAUAUUUACCCAAAGCAAACUUAAAAAAAAAAAAAAACACAAGACAAGAAGAAAGUAGUUCCAGACACACUUAAUAUUUCAACUUUUGAUAACUUUAAGUUAAAUCUGUAGGGGAAGUAGCGCGUAAGGAGAGCUGCAGUCAUGCAUUAAUUUGAGGAUGUGGUGUUUUAAUGUAGGACACAGAGUCGUGUCAGAUGGAAAGCAGCUGAACUCAGUGUGUGAUUUGUGUUGUGAGGCUCCAGCAUUGGAUGUUCUGCCUGUAUCCGGUGUCCUACAAUUUAUUAAACAAUAGACCUUGAAGUAGCCUUGGUUCAUCUUCCACCUAAAUCCACAAAAGCGGCUUUAUCCAAACCUGGAACUGGUGUUCAGCCCCUUUUACAUCGUAACAAGUUUUUCGGAGGCUGUUUGUUUUUGUGUCUUGUUCACGUUUCGCACACCUCCCACUCCAUCCAGACAUGAAAAGGCUGCAGUGAAGCAUAUAAUCAGUAUUCAUUUUCUUUUGUGUCCUAAGAUUCGAAUAGAGUCAAAUGAACAAUUUUCAGUGUUAAUUGCUGAGUGAGUGAGUAAUUUUCUGCACUUGACAGUUUUGUCUUUAGGAAAAUGAUGGCAAGAAUUUAAAGUAUGCUUAGUUUGAAACAGCACCAACAUGACAAAAAAAAAAAUCAAUUUACUUAUUAAACCUGCAUUACUGCCUAGGAUCAUCUACAUGUCUAAGUUGUGCAGACCUCACAGCUGUAACCAUAAAGACUUGAGAUUUUAAUCCCCUGCUGAGUUCAUGUGAAUGUGUGCCACAAUGUGCAGUGAGUGAGUGGAGCUGUGGGGCGCUCGAGUGGAUGUUCAUCGUGCCGUCAGGGUGAACCGGUUUGGUGUAAACCAUAUGUUUUAUUUCUCUUCAAAUAAGUUCUUUUUUUAUGUUGUAUAAUUUAUUUCCUUGCAAAAUAAAGAUGUCUUUUAAAGAGGCUGA